AAUUUGUAUAUUAAUUAUAAAUGAAUUUAAUUUACAAAUAAUGAAUUUCUUUGUAAUAAUUGCUACUUUAUUUAAUUGUUUACAGUUUACACAUCAAAUAAACCAUGAUUUCGAUUUAUUAAUAUUUACGCAAAGUUGGCCCGCUACGGUUUGUAAAGAAUGGAAAAAGAUGAACCCUCGACAUAAAUGUACAAUGCCACAUAAAAAUGAUGCCUGGUCUGUUCAUGGCAUAUGGCCAACAAAACUGGGAACAAUUGGUCCUGCCAACUGUAAUAGAACUUGGUUAUUUGACCCUGAAAAGAUUAGACCGAUUGAGGAUAAACUACUGGAAGAAUGGACUAACAUUUUUAAUGGAACUUCAAACUAUGCACUCUGGGCUCAUGAAUGGACCAAACAUGGUACCUGUGCAGCCCAAAUGGAACCAUUAAAUUCUGAAUUGAAGUAUUUUUCCAUAGGCCUUGAUUGGUUGGAAAAAUACUCUAUGGCUAGUAUUUUAAGUGGCGCUAGUAUAAUACCUUCCAACACUGAUGAUUACCAUAUAACAGAUAUAAACAAUGCUGUUAAGAAAACCCUUAAUAUUGAUCCAGCUAUUGAAUGCAGAAAAAUGGAUGGAGAAAGUUAUAUGUCAGAAAUUCGUAUAUGCUUCACCAAAGAAUUAAAGUUAUGUGAUUGCGAUGGAGUUUUGGCUCGUAGAGACAUUGGUACUGAUUCUAUCAUAACCAAUUGUGAUGGAAAUAAAAACAUAAUUUAUCCUCACUAUAAGGAAAACAGUUUAUAUAUCCAACUAUAUAAGUUGGUUACAUGGCUUCAAUGGUUUACCCUGUAAUUUAAACUUAAUUAACAUUGUUUUGGAUAGCAUAAUAUUAAGAGUUUUACAAAAUGAUCUAGUUAAAUUUUGUUUAUAUUAUGUAAUUUUUUUGUAAAGAUUUGCCUCAUUUUUCACAUUAUUUGUUAAGAUUUAUGUUAUGUAUCAUUGUGUACAAUAUUUAAAAUAAAUUGUUAUUAUUAUUUAAUGUUACAAAGUUUCUCUAUGUCAAUGAAUUUUAAUAUCUACUGUACUGUACAAUAUCUAUAUAGACAUCUUUUUAUAUUGUAAAAUUAUCUUAAUGAAUAUUUCCUCUAUGAAAUUGAAAUUUGGUUCCUUUGUACUUAAAUGUUUUUAAUUAUUUACCUAAUUGUAUUAGAAUAAUCUUAUAGUAAUAGUAUAAAUAUGAAAGCUGUUUCAGUUUUACAAACCUGAUGUGACAAAUUAUGCAAUAGAAUAUAUGGUUUAUGAAUACUGCUUGAGGGACAAAAUAAUUAUAGGCUAAAACUUAGAUUAAAAGUGAACAAAGAGAGAACUUGUCAUUUCUUAUGCUUGAAUUUAGCGCAUAAAUAAAAAGUUAAAUGUA